GUAUUAGUGCGGAUCCGACCAGUAAUGUACUCCUUUCAUCCCCGUUCAGAGUGACCUACUAGUAAAGUUGUCCAAUACAGCAAUCGAGCGGGUUCAAUCCAUAAACCUCCAUGCUUCAUCUGGCAAGACGGCUUCAGAGGUGCCACCCAUGCCUCCACAACCAAACUGCUCUCCAACUCCGGUCCGCGCGAACCGAAGCCGGAUUAUCUUCCCCACCCCGGAGGCGGUCUAAGUUCGCCGCAGUGACGAUGAAGAGAGCCGAUGAAAAGUCGGAGUGGUGGGUUGUCGAUGGAGAAAUGCACGAGAUCGGCGAGAAUGUGCCGCCGAGAGAGAGGUUCGUGAUACCCAGAGAUAACAUCCCCAACAAGCGCCGUAAGCAGCUCCGAGAACAGUUCAUGCGCCGUACGCGUCUCGUUCUCAAGGAAUCUGAGCAUGAGCCAUGGUGCAAAAGAUACAUGGAAAUAUAUAAUGAGCUCAGAGAGAACUGGGAGAGGCUGUACUGGGAUGAGGGUUACUCUAAAAAACUUGCUCAAGAUCAUGCCAACUACGACUCUGCUGAAGAUGAUGAUGAAGAUUUUUCACCAUACAGGAGAUGGCAACCACGCGCUGAGCAAAUGAAGGAACAAGGUAUGGGCAAAAACAGGCAAGGUGAUACAUGGGAGAAGGUUAGCCAAGUCCGGGAUAAGUUUGAAUAUGACAGAGAGAGAAGAAUGAGGGAGAAAGCAUUUGCACCCAUAAAUGGUGGAACUGGCUUUGCCCAAGAUGAUUCAGCCUCCAGGAAUCGGCCAUUUGACAGUCAGAGAUACUUUUCCCAAAGUGAGAGUGACUAACUGGAACCCUGUGGAAGUUUCAACAUGACUAGUAUUGCACUGUACAUAUCAGAAAAGGAAAUUGUUAAGGUGAUGUGGAGAUUUUGUGGCCAGAUGACUUAGCAAGGCGGUGGAUUCAUACUGGGAUUACGUUAUAGUUUCUCAGCUGCCACACCUUUGGUCGUCCUAUAGGAAUGUUGGCUUCAUUCUAGAUGUUAUUUGUGAACUUAUAUGUGAUUCUUGUAGUAAUAAACAUUUGGUACACGUUGAUGUAAUUUUGAGUUCUCUAAUUUUGUUCAUCCUUCC